GCAUUUGCGAACAUCGAGGUAAGGGCCUCGCUGCCUUCUUGAAGGCUAUCGGCUACAUCAUCCCGCUCAUGGACGCUGAGCACGCGAAUUAUUAUACCCGAGAGGUCAUGAUCAUCUUGAUCCGAGAGUUCUCCACGCCGGAUGAAGAGAUGAAGAAGAUCGUGCUGAAGGUCGUGAAGCAGUGCGUGGCCACCGAGGGUGUGGAGCCAAGCUACAUCCGAGAGGAUAUCCUGCCUCCAUUCUUCCGAAAUUUCUGGGUG